AAAAGAGAUAGUUUUGAGCGAGAGAGAAAAAAGGUAGAGAGAGCGUUUCUCCGCAAAUGAAGGGACUAAAGUGAGUUCGGUCAGAGGUCUCGAGUACCAGACAUAGAUAGCUCACUUACUUCCUUAAAAUCUCCACCCAAUCACUAGCCACUGCUCCCCCCCACUUCGUUCCGCGUGCUCAAACGGUCUUCAAAACCAAUCUGUCCUUAACACUAGCGAGGAACAAGAGUGAGAGAGGGGUUUCCAUUGAACAAUCAAUCACAGUUUGCAGAAAGAUACAGCUAUAAAGAAUGAAGAUUUCUUUUCUUUUCCACAGAGACAAGAACUGAGAUUGUGCUGACUCUACAAUGCCAGAGUCAAGGGAAGCAUCGAACUACGAUGAGGCAUCUAUGGAUCAAAGCAUGCUCUUCUCUGAUGGUCUUAAGGACUUGAGGAAUCUGCGAACGCAGUUGUAUUCAGCAGCUGAGUACUUCGAACUAUCUUACACAACCGACGAUAAAAGACAGAUAGUUGUAGAGACACUCAAAGAUUACGCAGUGAAGGCUCUGGUGAAUACAGUUGACCAUCUAGGCUCCAUCACGUACAAAGUCAACGACUUCAUCGACGAAAGGGUGGAUGAAGUAGCAGAGACCGAACUAAGAGUAUCUUGCAUCGAACAGAGGCUAAGGAUGUGCCAAGAGUAUAUGGAUCAUGAAGGACGUUCACAGCAAUCACUUGUGAUUGAAACUCCAAAGUUCCAUAAACGAUACAUCUUGCCAGCUGGUGAAACUAUAAAGACUACCAAUCUUGACAAGCUUAACUACUUUGGAAGCAGCUUAGAGGAUGCAGAUGACUGGAACCAGUUUCGAAAUGCUGUGCGUGCUACAAUCCGGGAAACGCCUCCCCCUCCUCCACCCGUUAGAAAAUCAACAUCUCAGGCUUCAUCUCCACGGCAACCACCUCAGAGAUCAGCAACCUUUUCGUUUACGUCCACUAUUCCAAAGAAAGAGCAAGAUAAGAGAUCAGUGUCACCGCAUCGGUUUCCGCUACUAAGAUCAGGAUCAGUGGCUACCAGGAAGUCAGCAUCAAUCAGCAGGCCAACUACACCAAGCAAGAGCAGAUCUAUAACUCCUAUACGGUACCCUUCAGAACCAAGAAGAUCAGCUUCGGUUCGGGUUGGGUUCGAGAAAGAAAACCAGAAAGAAACAGAGCAGCAGCAGCAACCAAGUAAGAGCAAACGACUGCUUAAGGCUUUGCUUAGUCGACGCAAAACCAAAAAAGACGACACUCUCUACACUUUCUUGGACGAAUACUGAAGGAGUUUUAUUUGUGGAACCGGUUCACUUAACCGGAAAAUUGCCAAUUUCCCUUUUUCUAUUUAAUUAAUAAAUAUAUAUUAUAGAGAAAAAAAAUAUCUAUUAUUAUAUAUAAACCGCACUAGUAAAAUGUGAAUGCAGUUUCUAAGA